CAUUGUUUAUUAGUAGUCAAUGACUUCAAACUACUAGAAUAUAAACUUACAAAUUACAAGAGUCCAGGACAUUGUUAAGUUGGGCUGAGCUGAUCUUAUAUGGGCCCUUUGUUUUAGAUCCAGCUGGUUCUCUACUGCUCUCUCUUCUUCGCUCACCAUCGCUGUCUGGCCUGCUUAAUUUCUUCUCUGUUUUUGUUCAUUGAUGACGAUCCUAUAAUCAUAAACGACCGUAUAAUUUGAAAGAACAGGAAGCGUGUAUGGCUUCGUCGGCCAUUGUUGAUAGCUUAUGCUCCAUUCCACUCUCCUACUCUCCAAAACGUUGCAAAUUCCAAACCCUAACUCUCAAUUCACAGUUUCUUUUCUCUAAUUCCUUUCUACGACUGAAGAAUCAGCCUCUACUUCCAAAAUUGCAAAUUCUGAGGUCCAAACCGCGCAAUCCCAGGUCUCUUCCGGUUGUCUUUGCCGCACAGUUUAAUUUCGUUAAAGUUGUUCAAACAGUAUUGAAGGUUGGAAAAGAUGGCAUUGAGGCAGGAACAAAUCUGGUGCCUGACUCUGUACCAAGACCAAUUGCAAGGAUCUCUGUGACAAUUGCUGCACUGACCAUUUCACUCUUUGUGCUCAAGUCAUUUCUGUCUACAGCUUUAUUUGCACUGGCCACAAUGGGGUUCGUAUAUUUCAUCUUCAUCGCCUUGAACAAAGAUCAAGGGCCAAGAGAUGGUGGAGGUGGAAAUUCGUCCGAUGACCCAUUAGAAGAAGCAAGAAGAAUAAUGGAGAAAUACAAGUAAUAGCAGCAGGAAUGAUCAAUUUCCAUGUUUUAUGCAUGCCUUAUAGUUAUUUUUUAAAAUAUUAUCGGAUAGAAGAUAUAAUCAGUAGAUGGAAAUUUCUUAUUAGAGAAGGAGAAAUUAUACAAUAGUUUCAUAUUUAUGUCAAAUUAUUUCUCAAGUGCCA